UUCCUUGCCACUGUUUAGCUCUACUGUGGUUUUCUGCAGGCGAUUGGUUGAGGUCGUCAGCGACCUCUCUGCCCACUCAUCAGACUCUUCUCUACCGGCUCCAACCAAGUUCCUUUUUGCUCCACAUGACCUUUUUUUCUCUUUCUUUCAUUCUUUCUUUCGUGCAUUGGUCUUCAGACUCUUCACUGGAAAGCUCCACCAACCCCAACCACUCCAGCCAUCCUCUCCCCUUUGUUUCUCCUUUUCCUUUUUUAAUCAAUCAAUCAUCUAUGCCUUUUGCUAGAAGCGAUGGACUUGAGAUGACCACUCAGUCCUAUCCAUUCUUUAGCCUUUCUCUGUCAUACAUUACCCAUUGUGCAUUCCCGAAGUUGUGGUCAAUAUGAGAUAUGUGAAGAGAUCCCCAUCAAAUUCAACUUUCCUAUUCUCUUCUCUUCUUCCAUCUUUCUUUUGUUACGGGAGAAUAGAUGGUGAAAAAAUCAGUUGAGCAGAAAAAAAUUUUUUGAUUAAAAUAAAAUAAAGGAAAGAGGAAAAAGUGUUGAUUCUUCUAAUUCCUCCACUUUCUUAUGCCCGAGUUCUUUUGUACAUUUUUUUGCUUUCUGAAGAAACCGUGUUGUGGUUUUUUUUUGUUUUUCCCCAAUAGAGCGAGGGAUCAAUGAUAAAGGAGCCAUCUUUUUCAGGUGCUGGCUAAUAUGAGGAGAGAAUGUGGGCUGAAUAAUGUGACAUGCAAAGUGCUGGGACUUACAUGGGGUGUUUGGGAUGAACAGAUAUUCACCGUGUGCCCAAAUAUUAUCCUUGGAGCUGAUGUCCUAUAUGAAACAAGUGCAUUUGAUUAUCUUUUUGCUACUGUGACAUUUUUGCUCCAGAAUUCUCCCUCUUCGGUUUUUAUAACAACUUACCACAACAGAAGUGGGCAUCACCUGAUUGAGUUCUUGAUGGUUAAAUGGGGAUUGAAGUGCAUGAAACUUCUAGAUGGGUUUUCAUUCAUGCCAGCUAACAAGGCAUCUGGAUUAAGUGGGAAUACACAGUUGGUAGACAUAAUUUUGGAUAAUAACAAACUAAGUUAGCAUAUGGUCGUGAUGCUUAUUGAGAAAAAUGUCUUUUAGAGAAAUGGUUGCAAUGUGCUUGGUGAAAGACUUAAAAAAGAGGCCAACUGCAGAGAAACUGUUGAAACAUUCCUUUUUCAAGAAUGCAAAGCCUCCAGGGCUUUCUGUGAAAAAACCCUCUACUGACAUACCUCCGUUGUGGAAUCGUGUCAAGGCAAAUUUGAGUCUUAAGGAUGCCGCAGAACUAGCUUUGAAGAAAAUGCCUUCAGCUGAAUAGGAAGCAUUGUCACAGGUGCAAGUUUGGAGAUUUUGUCUUGGAUCACUAACUUUGCAUCAUUUUUUUUCGUUUUUAUUGUUUUGUUCUAUGUUUAGCUUCUUUGUUACAUGUGUUGUGCUGCUUUGGUUUCUUGCUCUUCACAUUAUCCUCAGCAUCCUCUUGCCUACUGCUACUCUUCCUUCAAAAAACAGGUAUUCGUUCUUUACCUCCUUUUUUUUCUUCUUAUUUUUCCUCCAGUGACAUGUUAUAGCUGUGAUAGUUGAUGUGAAACAUUUUUUCUGAUUCUCUUUUAUCCUGCAUGCUACUUCACGUUUAUCCUACAGGGUGGUUUACAUGUCUUGCAUUUCAUUUUUUUCCUGCUUCCUAAGAUUUGAUGGAACUACAUAUAUGGGCAAACAUAGAGAAUGGAAAGAAAUGAACUUUAUCUGUGAUGCCUUCUUCAGAUGAAGAUGCGUCAAAAAAAUUCUGAAUUGAGAAGACAUGACUAUAGAGUUCCAG